AUGUGCUCCAUUUCUCAAGCAAUUACUGAGAUGGGCCUUGAUCUUUACAAAGAACUGAACAAAAAUGCUGCUAACAAGAACAUCUUCUUCUCCCCUAUGAGUAUCACUACUGGCCUGUCUAUGGUCUUGUUGAGUGCCAGAGGUAACACUGCUACUCAGAUAAUAAAGGUUCUUCAUUUGAAAGACGCUGCAGGAAAACUUGGAGCUGGACCUGUCUCUGAAAGUGGGUUGGCUGGGGCUGAGCCAAAAUAUCCCAGUGAAGGGCAUCAUCAACGUCCUCAAUUCCCAAAGCCUUCUCCUUCACAAUGUGACUCAGUUGGAGGGAUCCACACAGAGUUCCAGGCACUCCUUUCCCAGCUGAAAAAUCUCAACAGGAGCUAUGUACUGAGUCUGGCCAACAGGCUGUUUGCACAAACAGGAUACAACUUUCACCAGCAAUAUUUAGACUGCACUAGGGAAUUAUAUGGAGCAAUGCUGCAAACAGUUGAUUUUGAAAAUGCAACAGAAGCAGCCAGACAGACGAUAAAUUUGUGGGUUGAAAGGCAGACUCAAGGUAAAAUCAGGGAACUCUUUGUUCCUGGGGUUAUUGACUCAAGUGCUGUGCUGGUGCUAGUGAAUGCAAUCUACUUCAAAGCAACCUGGGAGUACAAGUUUGAAGAAAAGAACACAAUGCCGACAAAGUUUUGGAUAAACCAGAAUGAGAGCCAAUCUGUGCAGAUGAUGUAUCAGAAAGGCACAUUCAAAACUGCCCACAUAGAGGAGAUGAAAGCUCAGAUUCUUGUGAUCCCAUAUACUGGAAAAUCACUGAAUAUGAUCAUACUGCUACCUGAUGAAAUCACUGGUCUGGAACAGGUUGAAAGCGCAAUGACUUAUGAUAAAUUAACACUCUGCACUUCCUUGGAAAGCACGAGAGAGAGGGAAGUGGAAGUAUAUUUGCCACGAUUCAAACUUGAAGAUACCUUUGAGCUCAACUUGCCUUUAAAAGAGUUGGGGAUGACCGAUGUCUUUGAGGAAUCAAAAGCUGAUCUCUCUGGAAUGGCUCCCUCCCGACAGCUAUAUCUGUCAAAGGUUGUCCACAAGGCCUGUGUGGAAGUUAAUGAGGAAGGCACUUUGGCAACAGCUGCUACAGGAAGUGUUGUUGUUGACAAAUCCUAUCCACUUGGUGGCUCAUUUAUGGCUGAUCAUCCUUUUAUUUUCUUUAUCCAGCACAGUCGCACCAACACCAUACUCUUUCUUGGAAAAUUGUGCUCUCCUUAAGAUCAAGGCAACUUUUUACCUUCGUAAGGCAUAGACAAAAGCACAUGAUGUAAUCAUAAAACACUAUGACAGGUUUAUUUUCUUAAUACUUUUAUAAUCUUUUAAAAUACAAGUGAGGAAUAUUGGUGAUGGCUCUUUAGAUCCUCUCUGUAGAGAGGAGAGAACUGAGGUCUAUUUCAGGGCACAGGACUCUUCCACAAAACAGAAUUAUUUUCACUAACAUAGGUUGGCAGUUCGGACUGAGUUCAAACUCAAGAAGUAUUUGGCUGACCAUCCUCAUGCCGCUGAUCACUGUAGUCAUAAUGGAGUCUUACUCUAGGGGUUCUUAAACUGGGGGUCAGGAUCCCAAAGUGGAUCCCCUUUUUAUUGAGAUGGCCAGGGCCAGCAUUAGA